AUGGCCACCGCUCAGAUCAAUCGUUCUCUCACCAAUAUCCGCACGGAACUCGAGUUCUUGCUAGACUCCGAGGUCAUCGAUGAGCCAUUGUACGAUGCGUUGAUGGCUUCGCUUCCUCGCCGCUUUGCCAAAGAUGACCGCAAAUGGGGUCUCGACAAGAUGAAGCUGCUGGGGGCUCCACAAAACGGAAAGAGUCUGCCUGCUGUCGAUGACGCCACCGCGGCAUUGUCCAAGGCUUCGUUGGUGGAUGUGCCUCCUCCAAGCUAUCCCCCUGCAGCCGCUCCAGAGCCCGCCGAAAAGGUGUUGGGCUACUACCGCUCGAUGUAUGCUUACGAUGCUCGCGAGAUGGGCGAUCUUUCGCUCAAGAAAGAUGACAAGUUGGCCGUUGUAGAGGAGUUGUCGGCCGAUUGGUGGAGAGGCUACAAACAGGGCCAGCUGGCUAGUGCCGCAGGUAUUUUCCCUUCGAACUACGUCACCAAGAUCUCUGAGAGCGACUUCAACGACACUGCUCUCUCAAGACCUUUGGUAGACGUUCCCAAACCGGUAGGCAGCCCCUACCAACAACCUGCUCCAGUGCAACAGUACAAUCAGCCAUUGCAGCAGCAGCCUUCCUAUGGCGGAUAUGCACAAUUCCCUCCUCCGCCAGUCAAUUAUGGUCCAAUGCAGCCCAUGCAGCCCAUGCAGCCACAAUACUCGGCGCCUCCAAGCCAAGAACAGCCUCAGUCCCUGGGUCUGGGUUUCAAGGAGUCGCACCCACACAUGUCUAAGUUUGGUGGUAAGCUUGGUAAUGCGGCUAUUUUCGGAGCCGGUGCCACUAUCGGAGGAAACAUUGUGAAUCUGAUUUUCUAG